CUCCCGCACUGCGCAUGCGCAGCUCGGCCGCAUGAGGCGGCGGCCGCCCCCCGCCCCGCCGGGCCCCGCCAUGUCGGAGCGGCUCGGUAAGCCCUCCUGCCUCAUCGUCGCCAGCGCCGCCGCCGCGGGUGUGUCAGCCCAGUCCUUCCUUCACUGCUUUACACUGACUAGUUCUGCUUUUAACCUGCAAGUUGCAACUCCUGGGGGCAAGGCCAUUGAUUUUGUGGAUGUGAACGAGAGCAACAUGCGCUGGAUACAGGACUUCCGUAUGAAAUCGUACGCAAACCCUGCCAAGUUGGAGUCAAUUGAUGGUGCUAGAUACCAUGCAUUGGUGAUUCCAAACUGUCCUGGGGCUAUGACUGACCUUGCAAACAGUGGGUACCUGGCUAAGAUAUUGCAGCACUUCAGCACUGAGAACAAGCCUAUCUGUGCAAUAGGACAUGGAGUUGCAGCUUUGUGUUGUGCCACCAAUGAGGAUAAAUCCUGGGUGUUUCAGGGAUACAGCCUGACAGGGCCCUCUGUGUACGAACUAGUAAGGCAGCCCAAUUUUGCCAGUUUGUCCAUUAUUGUGGAAGAUUUCGUGAAAGAUUCUGGAGCUACGUUUAGUGCCAGCAGUCCAGAUGCUGCACAUGUUGUGCUGGACAGGCACCUGGUGACAGGACAGAACGAGAAUUCCACUCUUCCUGCAGUCCAGAAUCUUCUUAUUCUUUGCAAUGUCAGGUGAAUGUGUGUUAGAAGUCCUUUCCUGGCUGUGGACUAACAGGUCGUGUCAUGUUUGGAUGUGUUUCAUUCAGCAGGAAAUGAAGGAGCAGGUCUCUUUGCAGAUAGGAUGGAUGAAGAGCCAGCAGGCUAAGGAUUUUCUUGUCUGUUAACUGGAUAAAACAUCCCUCUAAAUUUCUGUCCUGGAUUACGAAGUCUGUGACAGUGAAGUGGCAAUGUCAGGUUUUGCAUAUAUAGAAUGGAUGACGGUUGUGAAUAAGAAAACUUUGAAGUGCAUCACUCUUCACAAGCAAUUAUGAAACCACCUUGUGUUUUUGUUGCUACAUCUUUUUUCACUGCUUCUCUGUGGAUCAUUAAUUUACAGAUGCGGAAACUCUCGUGCUUAAAAAAAAAAAAAAUAGUUGGUGCUAUGAAUACAAAUUGCCGAAGCUGAGGACCCUGUUCUAGGCUGACAUUAUGCUGAUAGUUAGUAACUCUGCCCCAAAGAGCACUUGGAACUCUGAAUAAUCUGGUGUUUACAUUUCAGACAUCAAAAUCUACACCUAGAGCUUCAUGGAAAUGUAAUUUCAGAUGUGUUCUCUCUCGCCUUUCUUUUAGUAGGUCACAAAGUUACUGUUUGAACUCUGAAUGUGUCUGGGACACUUGGAUAUACUUGAAAUAGGAUGGGAAAUGCUUAGCUAAACUGAAUAAAGCAGAACCAGUUGUUUGAAGGCAGCUCACUGUGGUGAUUCUGUUAGCAUAAUGUGCCCUUGUUUUCUUCCUUGGCUGUUCACAUUAUUGGACUUCUGUUUAAAAAGUUUGCUCAGCUGUUUUUAAAUGUUCUUCUAACUCGUUGUCUGUUCUCCUUUGUGGUGCUUAUGUUAUGAUUUUUGUUCUCUUUGAAAUGUACUUGCCAGAGAGAAAUAUUUCAAACAUUGCAGUUGUUUCUUGCUGGAAUUUUAUGGACAAAGGAAGAAAAAUAUGUAGGCAACUAAUGUGGAUCACAGCUUCUGAGGAACCAACUGUAAGAUGAAAUCUGGCCUUCUUUUUCCUUCUGAGCAGAUGUGGCUUUAAGUUGAGCAUGGAAAGGAAUAAUCAGAGAAUAUUUUUUGCUGUUGCAGGCUCAAACAUACUAAAUUAUGGGAAAGUAGACAGAUUAACAUUUUUCCUUCCAUUUUGGAACUGAGGGCAACAUUUCUGCAGUGUUCUGAGGGAAAGGACCUUUUUGGUUGCAUUUUUUUUUUCUUAACAGGACAAUAUGAUAUAUUGGUUAUGACCAGUCAUUGAGUAGGGUAAUUUAUUGUCUUUUCUGUAGAAAUUCAAUCCUUUAGUUCUGUCGCAAGAAUUCAAUGUGAUUUUUUUUAAAAGAUAAUCUGCUAUGGGAUUUGUUGGGUCUUCUACUGUUGCAUUUUGGAGCUCAUUUUACGGAUUUUUGGCUUGGAUUAAAAAUUAAAAUUAGGAUUUAAAAUGAAAAUUGGGCUUUGAUAGAAAUUAAAGUACCAAAUAGCUUUGAUAUCUUAAAUCCUCAUUACUGAAAAGUUGUUGUAGGGAUUUGUUGACCUCUGUCGCCAUCAGGGCACAUUUUCCAUUUGGAUUUCUAGUGGACUGUCUGCUGAAAUGUCGUGAAAAAGUUCUUGUGUUUAUACUGCAGUAGUAUUUGGAGUUGGGGUCAUUUUGUGUUGAACAUUGUGCACCUACAGCAAGGAGACGUUCUCUGCCACCAAAGUCUUUAAGCUUCAUGCCCUGAACUCCACUGACUGCCUGAGCAGGGAACUUCAUGGGGCUGGAGUCAGGGUCUCCAGGGGUCCUGGAAGAGGUGGGUGCGACUGAUGUGGCUUCUGAGGUGAGGGAGCUUUGCCACACCUGAUCUGCAGCUGCAAAGCAAAGUCUUGUUUCUGAAGUAAGAGUCUGAGAGGCUACAAGUCUGGAUUACCUUUGAGACUGUGCUUCCAUGUGAUUCUGUCAAAAUCACUAGACCUUUCAUUGCCUGCCUGUAAAAAUAGAAUAUUGCUGCCUA